AGGCGACACGAAGGCGGGAUUAGCGCGGGGUGCUAGAGGGAAAAGGUGGCUGCAGGAGGAGGGGAGUGUGUGGUGCAGAGAGCAGACUGCCUCCCCAGCACAAUAAUAACAUACACAUCCAUCCAGGGCAGCCCGCACAUGCACACUCCAGGCUGUGUAAGAAGUAGAGAGGAGCUGUUGUGUGCAAGACGGAAGAGCUUCCCUAAUAUAGAGCCUGCAAGGGGAAGAGAGACAAGCUUGCUGCCCACCUGCCUUGACCUUUGGGAGAAGCCAGCACCUGCCUUGCUGGGUAACAUCUUCUGAAUAAGCUGAAAGUUCUCCUGGAAACUGAACACCACAGUCAACAUGUCAAAAUAUAAAUUGGUCAUGCUGAGGCAUGGUGAAGGUGCCUGGACCAUAGAAAACCGAUUCUGCAGCUGGGUGGAUCAGAAGCUAAGCGUGGAAGGGAUUAAGGAAGCGGAGAAGUGCGGAAAGUAUUUAAAGUCUCUGGGCUUUGAGUUUGACAUGGUCUUCACUUCCAUCCUUAGUCGUUCUAUCCAAACAGCAUGGCUGAUUUUAGAAGAGCUUGGUCAAGAAUGGGUUCCAACUCGGAGUUCUUGGAGGCUAAAUGAACGUCAUUACGGGGCUCUUAUUGGCCUCAACCGAGCAGAACUUGCUCUGAAUCAUGGAGAAGAGCGAGUAAAGAUCUGGAGGAGGGGCUACGAUGUGGCACCUCCACCAAUAGAUGAGAGCCACCCUUACUACCAAGAGAUACACACUGAUCGCAGGUAUACAUGUUGUGACAUUCAGAAGGAUAAGCUGCCAAAAUCUGAGAGCCUGAAGCAAGUCCUGGAAAGGCUUCUUCCUUUCUGGAACGAGGAGAUUGCACCAGAAGUAAAGCGUGGAAAACGUGUUCUUAUUUCAGCACACGGAAACAGCACCAGAGCAUUAUUGAAACAUUUAGAAGGUAUUUCAGAUGAGGACAUUAUAAAGAUCUCUCUUCCCACUGGGGUUCCAGUGGUUCUAGAACUUGAUGAGAAUCUCCAUGCCGUCAAACCGCAUGAAUUUUUGGGUGACCAGGAGGCCAUUCAGGCAGCCAUUAGGAAAGUGGAAGAUCAGGGCAAAGUCAAACAAAGCGAAAAGUAAAGUUUUCCUGAAGGUCGACUGGUGCUUAAAGGACCAGUCCAGGCAAAACAAAUUUUCUUGAUUUGUGUGAACAUCAAUGGACUCGAUUACCUGGUAAAGAGACCCUGUCAUGUGUAAAAAAAAAAAUAAUAAUAAAAAAAAAAACAAAAGUGACCGCCAUUGCAGGCUUUCUUCUAUAAAUACUUGUUGUCUGUAUGACAUCACGAUAUAUAUAUUUUUAUUUUUUUCGUGUCAAACAAACCAGCUGUAUGAACAAGUGUCAGAAAAGUGUCUGAAUCCUCUAUCUCUAUACUUUGUUUAAGGUUAGUAGUACAAGAAACACUGAAGCCCAAGCAUCUGCAUGAUGGUCAGACAACUAGCAUUUUGAGAAGAAAUGGUCAACAAUGGCAGUCUUUAUAAUUCUCACAAGAUAGCUUUUCUUUAGUCUCUUGUAACCCCCGAGGACUUCAAGAGUCCUGCAAGCCCUUCUCUAUGAUGUUCCUCUCUUAGACAUGGAUUCUUGCUUCUCCUUCUUGAUUCUCUGUUUGAAUGUAUAAGAUGAAAACCAGUCUUGUAAGAUUCCCUUGGACGUGGCUGAUGGGGCAGAGCUGGGAACUUUGAUGAACAGAUCCUACCACUGGAGUUCCGGGGUGAUAAAAGAAGUUGGGGUGAUUCAGCUUCUGGUUUCUGCUAAAAGCAGAAUUCUCAGUGAUUGGUAGACAAAACACUUUUUAAUAUAAAGUGAUAGCAAGCAAUGUAAGGUUACACAUUACAACCAAACUAGAUUGGGUAUGUUACAUUUGGCAAAUUUUAAAGUGUAUGUGAAAAAAAAAAAAAAAAACUAUGCAGUACGUCUCUGCCAAA